UCGGCUCCCAUCCCCUCCCCCGGAGUUCGAUGCACUCGACUAUCGGCUCCGCCUUGGCUUCUCAGUGCGGGCGACAGCGCUGGUAAACAUGGCGUCUGAAGGGAUGAUUUUAACAAACCACGACCACCAAAUCCGUGUUGGAGUUCUGACAGUGAGUGACAGUUGCUUCAGAAAUCUUGCAGAGGACCGCAGCGGAGUCAACCUCAAAGAACUCGUCCACGAUCCUUCUCUGCUGGGAGGAACAGUCGCAGCCUAUAAAAUUGUCCCAGAUGAGAUCGAUGAGAUCAAGGAGACUCUGGUGGACUGGUGUGACGAGAAAGAGUUGAACCUCAUCCUGACUACCGGGGGCACUGGUUUUGCCCCCCGCGAUGUCACACCCGAGGCGACGAAGGAGGUGAUUGAACGCGAAGCCCCAGGGAUGGCGCUGGCUAUGCUGAUGGGCUCACUGAAUGUCACACCACUGGGCAUGCUAUCCAGGCCCGUCUGUGGCAUCAGAGGCAAGACCCUCAUCAUAAACCUACCUGGCAGCAAGAAAGGCUCACAGGAGUGUUUCCAGUUCAUUCUGCCCGCGCUGCCCCACGCCAUCGACCUGCUGCGCGAUGCCAUUGUCAAGGUGAAGGAGGUGCAUGACGAGCUGGAGGACCUGCCCUCGCCCCCGCCGCCCCUGUCCCCACCGCCCACCACCAGCCCGCACAAGCAGACCGAGGACAAGGGUGUCCAGUGCGAGGAGGAAGAUGAGGAGAAGAAGGACAGCGGCGUAGCCUCCACAGAAGACAGUUCCUCCUCACACAUCACCGCUGCUGCCAUCGCUGCCAAGAGUGGACAGCCACAUCCACAGCACACUGGUGUCAUGGCGAAAGGUGGGCGGUCCAUUCCCGGCCUCAUCUCCCACGCUUGUCAUUCCAUCUGCGACGACGGGCCGCAGCUGAUCCCAGACUCCAUCAUCUCCCGGGGUGUCCAGGUGCUCCCCCGGGACACUGCCUCUCUCAGCACCACGCCUUCGGAGUCGCCUCGUGCCCAGGCCACCUCACGCCUCUCCACUGCGUCCUGCCCCACACCCAAAGCCCGGCUUCCCUCAAGCUCAUCCACCUAUAGUGUUACUGAGGCCUCACGGAGAGAGUUCAGGGCUCACCUGGAUGAGGUCAUCACGCUCAAGUCAAGGUACUCUACCUUGGACCAGGGCAGACAGCAGGAGACGUCGAAGGACGUUUCGUAUCCUUCCGUUCGAGCACUGAAGAAUGGCACAAGGACACUGCACAAGUCCCUCACGCUCCACCAUAGGUUGGAGGGCCUGAAAGAUGAUCGCAGGAGCCACCGGACCUUCGACUCGCGAGUCCAGUCUCGGUGCGGCAGUAAGGAGAACAUCCUGAGAGCCAGUCACAGCGCAGUGGACAUCACCAAAGUGGCCCGGAGGCACCGCAUGUCUCCCUUUCCCUUGACCUCCAUGGACAAGGCCUUCAUCACUGUGCUGGAAAUGACGCCCGUCCUGGGCACGGAGAUCAUUAACUACAGAGACGGGAUGGGUCGGGUCCUGGCGCAGGACGUGUAUGCCAAAGACAACCUUCCUCCUUUCCCUGCCUCUGUCAAGGAUGGCUACGCUGUCAGAGCGGCUGACGGCCCUGGAGAUCGCUUCAUCAUCGGGGAGUCACAGGCUGGCGAGCAGCCCACCCACACAGUGAUGCCCGGUCAGGUGAUGCGGGUAACGACAGGCGCCCCAAUCCCCUGCGGGGCCGAUGCCGUCGUGCAGGUGGAAGAUACGGAGCUCCUCCGCGAAUCGGAGGACGGCACAGAAGAGCUGGAGGUGCGGAUCUUGGUACAAGCACGUCCAGGCCAGGACAUCAGGCCAAUAGGACAUGACAUCAAGCGAGGCGAGUGCGUCCUGGCCAAAGGCACACACAUGGGCCCUUCCGAGAUCGGCUUGCUGGCCACUGUCGGCGUCACGGAAGUCGAAGUGCAGAAGUUCCCCGUAGUAGCCGUCAUGUCCACCGGCAACGAGCUGCUAAACCCAGAGGAUGACCUUCACCCAGGAAAGAUCCGGGAUAGUAAUCGCUCCACCUUGCUGGCCACCAUCCAGGAGCACGGCUACCCCACCAUCAACCUGGGCAUCGUCGGGGACAACCCCGAUGACCUCCUUAAUGCCUUGAACGAGGGCAUCAGUCGUGCUGAUGUCAUCAUCACCUCAGGGGGUGUAUCGAUGGGUGAGAAGGACUAUCUGAAACAAGUGCUGGACAUUGACCUCCAUGCCCAGAUCCACUUUGGAAGAGUCUUUAUGAAACCAGGUCUUCCCACCACGUUUGCCACCUUAGACAUUGAUGGUACCCGGAAACUCAUCUUUGCACUGCCAGGUAACCCUGUGUCUGCUGUUGUGACCUGUAACCUCUUUGUCAUUCCUGCCCUAAGGAAGAUGCAGGGAAUUCUUGACCCCCGACCCACCAUCAUCAAAGCCAGGCUGUCCUGUGAUGUGAAGCUGGAUCCUAGGCCAGAAUACCACCGCUGCAUCCUGACCUGGCACCACCAGGAACCUCUGCCGUGGGCACAGAGCACAGGAAACCAGGUGAGCAGUCGACUGAUGAGCAUGCGCAGUGCCAACGGGCUCCUGAUGUUACCCCCCAAGACAGAGCAAUAUGUGGAGCUGCACAAAGGCGAGGUCGUGGAUGUCAUGGUCAUCGGCCGACUAUGAUUGUGCCCUGGGAAGGUGGAGGCACACCCUGAGAGACUUGGGGAGGGAGAGUUUUACGGUGCAUGUCCACAUAUCAUUAUUCUUCUGUAAUAUGCAACGGCACAGCUGGUUUUUAUUGGUUUCGAUAAAAUUGAUCAAAUAUAAUCGACGUGAAUAUUAAAUUAGUGAAACCAUGGGAGGAAAAAAAAGAAUUUAAAAACUUAAUUGUAUUUCAAACAAAGGAAAUAUAUUAACUUUUAAAGUAAGAAAUUAUAAGAAGAUAAGAGAUUUAUUCUGUAAUAUAUUAUUAUAAUUAUGAUUACUAUCAUCAUAUUUAGGCAACUUUUUCUCUUUCAUUGCAAUUGCUUUGUGUGUUCUAGACCUUAUAUAGCAGUAGCAUUUAAAAGAAAGCUAUGAGAGACUGCCAGGAUAAAAGCUUAUUUUCUCACCGUCAAAAAUGAAAAGGAGAAUAUGACAAAGGCCAAAUCUAUGGUGCUCUGGCAGAGGAGAGCAGUUUUUGCUCCCCUUAGGUGUGUUUAGGUGACUUCGCUAUAUUCCCCUAAUUAGUAUGCUUCAUAAUUGCUUCACAGAGCGCUUUGCUUGUCGUUUAUCUUGUGAGUCGUGUUUAUGUGCACAGUGCCAAAAGUGUGGGCAGGGGGUGAGGUCACCAGCUCGAACCCACACACAGGCCGGACUAAACCUGGAAGCUUCUGUACCGCCACCGAACUUGGUACGUCCCGGCCUCUUAGAGGCAAGGCAACUGGAAAGCGACCUUUUAUUUAACUUUAGAAGGAAGAAACGGCAUCUUUACAUGCUGCCAGCCUUUUUAACCAACUACAAAAAAAAAUGUACAGGGAAAAAAAUUAAAAAGAAUGAUAUUGUACAGACAUAAGUGACCAGCACUCCUGAACAAUUACAAAGCAAUGAGGAGAUAUUGAACAACUGUACUAUACAUUUUCUGUAAUGAUAUUAAAAGUGAUUAAAUAAUAUUAAAUUCUUGAUUAUGUAAAAUAUUCCUUGCUGGUUUUCUUUUUUAAAUGAAUAUAAAUAAACGUGAAAUAAAUUUUUUUUU